AUGACUUCACCGUAUCCUUUACCAAAAGUAGAAUCUGAUACUGGACAAGUAUAUUCAUUUAAUAAAACUCUUUUUACAAGACCUGAAUUUAACGUUGAAAGAUUUAUUAAUUUAGCACGUCAUCGUGCUUCUUUGGAUGAAAUUUUUGCAGAUUUAAAAUCAUAUUUAAAAACUGUUCAAGAAGAAUUAGUUGAAUUAAUAAAUGUUGAGUAUGCUGAUUUUGUUAAUUUAUCAUCAUCUUUAGUUAGUUUGAAUGAUGUUAUUGAAAGGAUAGGAGAAAGUACAAAUAAUUCUUUUAAUAAAUAUUGUGAAAGCACAUUUCAAUUAAAAGAAUCAGCUAAUCAAUUAAAUGAUAAACGUGAAAAAUUAUCAAAAUGUUACUUAGAACAAAUAAAUUUAAGAAAUAGAAUAAAUUUUGUUGAAAGUAGUAAACGUUUUGUUGAUCUUUUAGAAGAAUUUCCAGCUGAAUUAUCUCGUGGACAGGUAGAAAGGUUUUCUAUAUCUAUAGCAGAUCUUGUUAAUUCUUUUGAAGCAUGUAAGGAAACAACUGAUGAUAAUCAAAAUGCUAGAGAUUAUGAUAGAGUUAUGACUUUUAUUGUUUCUAAAUUUACAAAACUUAUUACAGAAUGUUUAAAACAAAAAUUUCGAGAAGUUAAUUCAAAAGAUAUUGAAUCAAUAAUAAGUUGUUUACAAAUAAUUGAUAAAGAAAAUUUUCCAACUGAAGCUAUAUCUCAAGAUAUUGUAUUACCUACAUUAGAUAGAUGUUUUGAGGGAAAAGAAACAUUAGAUAAAAAAUUAUUAAUAUGUUUAGAUACGGUUAUAAAAACAAGGAAUAAAUUUUUGAAAGAAUCUGAUAUUCAAAUAGGAUCAUUGACAAAUCAUUUUAUAGAUUCAUGUUUAUUAAAAGGAUUAGUAGAAAGUAUUAAAAAUAAUUUAGCUUCAAAUGUUUUAAUUGAUGAUACUACAUUAUUUCAAAAAUGUUUUUAUGAAUUACUUCAAUUUGUUAAAACAUAUCCUCGUGGAAUUGAAAAUAAAAAUCUUCUAAUUUCUUGUUUGAAUCAAUUUAAUAUGUAUAUAUAUUUUAAAUUAAUAACAAGUUCAUAUUCAAAAAAAAUAAAUGGAGAAGUUGGAAAAGCAACAAAUAAACAAUUAGAAGAUAUAGAAGUUUGUUUACCAAAUUUAGAAUAUGAAUUAGAUUAUGAUCAUUAUUUUUCACUUGAAAUAUCGAAAUCAUUAGUUGGAUGUUUUGUAUCUGUAAGUGAUGAAAAAAUUGUUCUUGAUCCUUUAUUAUCUAAAAGUUGGACAUUUUUAAUAUCUAAUUUUAAAAAAUUUAUAACAUUUUUGGAUAAAGCUUCUGAAUUAGAAUUUGAAGAAGAUUAUAAAAUACCAAUUGCAAUAAUUUCUGAUUUACAAAGAAUUGAAGAAUCAAUAAUGGGGUUGUGUUAUGGUGUUUAUCGACCAAGACUUGAAAAAUUAUUCAUAGAUUGGCGUAUAUUUGGUAAUGUAUUUAAUAGUUUUUUUGAUAUACUUCGUGAAAAAAGUACUCUUUUUCAAAAACAUUUAAUGGAUAUUACAAAAAAAACUUUAGAUAAAUAUUUAAUUCAGGUUAAUGAUGUACCAAAAAAUUAUAGAUGGACAAAAAAACCUAUGCCUGAAAGUCAUUCUCAAUAUCUUAUAAAUAUUAUUGAAUAUUUAGAAAAAUUAGAAAAUGAUUUUGAUAUAUAUGGUGUAGAAAAAGAAAUAAAAGAACGAAUUAUAAUUAAUAUUAAAGAAUAUAUAAAAAAUACAUUUAUUCGAUUAUCUUCUAAUUUAAUACAAUCUAUUCAACAAACAUUUUCAUCACUUCAACGUUUUAAAAAUAGAGAAGAUGAGAAUACAUCAAAUUUUUCAGGAAAUAGUAGUGAUGAAGGUAAAAUGUUAAAACAACUAGAAUUGGAUAAUAUAUUUGUAUGUAAUACAUUUUAA